ACAAAAAAGUAAACUAGUAAAUAACACUUCUGUUCUAACAUAUCCCUAGUGCUUUUGUCGUGCAGUAUUCACAACAGUGUUAAAACUAUGUGUUAAAAAUAUCAAAUGGAUGUUAAAGUGUGUUCUAUUUUGUUUGUCUUUUUUCAAAUUUCUGCAGCUUUGCGGGUACUGGUUACAAAGGAACAAUGCGGACGGUCGUUCGAUCUCACUGCAGAGAAAGAAGUCUACCUGGACUACGAAGGGGCAGAGCUUUGGAAUGAUUCGUCAACGUGUGUGAUUAAUAUAACAACUAGUGAUAUCGAUGAGAUGAUUUGCAUCAAAAGUGAUAGACGAGUAUUGAUUGAUAUGAAAUGUUCAUGGACACUCAGUUAUUACGUAGAGGGUUAUCAUAGAUACUCAUAUUAUCCGCCAAAUCAAUACAGUUGUUCGGAUUUCAACAUGCGGCCUCUUUGUAAAAGGAGUAGGGUCACUUCCGUCGUAUAUCGUGACAACUUCCUGUUCGAUAAUGCUCAUGUAAAAGUUAACGUGAGGUUAUAUACAAAGAAAUAUAUACCUACUACUACGAGACGUAUUUAUACAUCAAAACCUUGGUCAUCGUGGACGUCCGGGUCGUCAGGUUAUGAUGAUGACGACGACCCAGCCUCUAGAAAAGCAAAAACAGGCACAGUGGUUACUAUAGUUCUCGGAUCCUUGCUUGCAGUAGUGCUGGUGACCGUUUGUGUUUAUUUGAUGUCUGGAAAAUGUUCCUCCACAAAGCCCCAAGAUGGCGCUCCGCCGGUGGUGCAAUACCUCUCCACGGCUCAACAGGAGAACCAGUAUGCAAAUCAGACAGAGAAUACAGCAAGCAACGAAGACGGGCCGCAGCAAUUUCCACUGAAUCCGUCUGACUUCCAUCCACAUCAGCAGUAUACGCCAGAUCCGUCACAUAAUGCAGGAGAUACAGGCGGGCAAAAAUUGGAUUUACCUCCUCCAGCAUAUGACACUUUACCAUCAGCGCCUCCACCUCCGUAUCCGGGAUACUGAGUGUAUGAUACAGAACAAAGAAACAUCAAAAUCUGUAUAUCUUCUUCGUAAUGUUGACACUUUCGACUAAACAAGCAAUGGUUCUAUCUUCAUGACCAAUUUACAUGCCUUGGAGACACAGACAAAAAAAGCCAUGACUAUACGUGUUCAUGGUCAUGUUAACACGCUAUGGAGACAUAUUAAGACAAGUCAGACAAAGGAAAGGAUGAUUCUACGUCUUCAUCGUUAUGCUUACACGCUAUGGAGACAUAGACAAAACAAUAAUUGACUCAAUAUAUUCAUCGUCAUUGAUACACGCUGAGGAGACACAUUUAGGCAAAACAAAACAAAGAAAGAUUCUACGCCUUCAUCGUCAUGUUUACACAGACAAAAGAAGCAGUGGUUCUACAUCUUCAUCGUCAUGGUUGCACGCUAUGGGGUCACAAUAAGACAAAACAAGCAAUGACUCAAUAUCUUCAUCGUCAUGGUUACACGCUAUGGGGACACAAUAAGACAAAACAAGCAAUGACUCAAUAUCUUCAUCGUCAUGGUUACACGCUAUGGGGACACAUUAAGACAAAGCAAGCAAUGACUCAAUAUCUUCAUCGUCAUGGUUACACGCUAUGGGGACACAUUAAGACAAAGCAAGCAAUGACUCAAUAUCUUCAUCGUCAUGGUUACACGCUAUGGGGACACAUUAAGACAAAGCAAGCAAUGACUCAAUAUCUUUAUCGUCAUGGUUACACGCUAUGGGGACAAAAUAAGACAAAACAAGCAAUGACUCAAUAUCUUCAUCGUCAUGGUUACACGCUAUGGGGACACAUUAAGACAAAGCAAGCAAAGACUCAAUAUCUUCAUCGUCAUGGUUACACGCUAUGGGGACACAAUAAGACAAAACAAGCAAUGACUCAAUAUCUUCAUCGUCAUGGUUACACGCUAUGGGGACACAUUAAGACAAAGCAAGCAAUGACUCAAUAUCUUCAUCGUCAUGGUUACACGCUAUGGGGACAAAAUAAGACAAAACAAGCAAUGACUCAAUAUCUUCAUCGUCAUGGUUACACGCUAUGGGGACACAUUAAGACAAAGCUAGCAAAGACUCAAUAUCUUCAUCGUCAUGGUUACAUGCUAUGGGGACACAAUAAGACAAAACAAGCAAUGACUCAAUAUCUUCAUCGUCAUGGUUACACGCUAUGGAGAAAUAGACAAAACAAAUGAUGCUUCUAUAUUCAUAUUUAUUGCCAAGUUUCCACUUAGUGAAGGCAGAUGUAGACAAAGAUUCUAUAUUCUCAUCGUCACGUUUACACGCCGUGUAGACAUAGUUCAAUAAAACAAGGAAUGUCUUCACAUCACCAUCUUUAUUUUUCCGCGCUAGGGAGACAAUGGUAGACAAACGAAUGAACAUCUCUACAUUUUCGCCAUCCCGUUACAACCGUUACGUUUUAAUACAUUCUCACGCCAUGGGGACACAGUUCGACAAUCAAGUUUCAUCCUUCUUUUUACACGGUAUGCAGAAUCAGAUAACCAAGUUUUCAUCCUUUGUCUCAGACUAAAAAAUGACGUAGAUCUAUCAAAUUUCUUUCUAACUCCUUAUGAUAUUUAAUUAUAUUUGACAAGAAUGUUGGCAGGAGCUGUUGAUAUUUUCAUUACUAUUAUUCUAUUCAUUUUCGUUUCUACUCUUAGAUGCAUUUUUCUGCUGAUUAAUCGAAUAUUUAUUUUUAAGAAAAUGCUUAUGUAAUUGAUUUUCUGUCAUAUUUAUUUGGCUAUCUUCAUUUAAUAAUUGAUCACUU